AUGGGCACUGUGGCAGACGAGGGAACGUAUUGGCUACCGUAUUUUUUAUUCGAGCGUAAAUACGGUUUCGCUUACAAUCACACAAUCUCAGCCGAGGAUCCGCAAAAUAAAGCAAGAAUUGAUAGAGUGCAAUACAAGAACUCGAUCGACGCCUUUUUGCCAUAUUUCGGGAACUCAGCUCUCGUGCAGCACUCGCUCAUGCACGCCUACAAUGAUGUUUCGCAGAGUGACAAUGAAAUGGAACGUCUCCGUGACGGAGUCGCCCGUUUCCUCGGCGACUAUUUCUUCACGUGUGGAGUCGUCGAGUUCGCCGAUGUGCUAGCCGAUCACAUUUAUGGACCCGUUUACAUGUACUAUUUCACAAUGAGAUCGUCCGCCAAUCCGUGGCCCCGUUGGAUGGGCGUAAUGCACGGCUACGAGAUUGAGUACGUUUUCGGGCAACCGUUGCGCAAACCGAUCCUCUAUGCACACGAUCGGCUACAGAUUGAGCAAAAAUUCUCGGAAACCGUCAUGCAGAUGUGGAUCGAUUUCUCGAAUACAGGAAUGCCCGCCUACUAUUGGCCAAAGUACAAUCGAGUCGAGAAACGCUCGCUCGUUUUGUCCGAAGAAAUCGUUCACGGUGUGCACCGAAUACGCGAAGAUCUUCACGGAUCGCAUUGUCGUUUGUUGGCCGAAGCGAGAGCAAUCGUUGGGCAAGUACCACUGAAUGGAGUCGAGUGUCGAUCCAGACGAACAGGCCCUCAAGCCGUCACCGCUUCAUCGAUCACCUCUAAAACCAGUUUUCUCCUUCUCUUUAUCUCCUUGCUAUUGGCGCUGUUAAAG